AUGCCUUUAACCCGAUUCCGUCAUUCCAAAGACCCCGACGCGAUGGUCGCCCAAUUAUUGAAGCAGUUCCAGAGCUCCAAAUCACGCACUACCACACCCAUCUCGACCAGACAAAGCCAGGUGGAUGUCAAUAAUGCGGUAGCCCACGUAAAGACAGAAUUUGCGAUUCAUGUACCAUCGAUCGACAAUCCGGAGGACUAUGAGUUUCUACCUGGCCAUUUUGCUAUCGAAAGUGUCCUGGAAGUGCACUCAGACGAGCCGCAGGGAGCUACCUACACGGUCAAACUCCAAAGUGGCGAGCUGGAGAGAAUUUCAUACUCACAACUGUCGAAACUUAAAUACGGGCUGGAGUCGCUGGCCGACUUCAGGGAGAGACUCGAGUUCAUCAAUGCAUCAGAAUCGAGCGAGGAUGAAAUUCGAGUUGUUGGGAGACAGCAUUUAAUGCCAUCCCCCUUUUUCUCUACCGAUGGCACAUCUUUUAAGGAGAUAUCUGAAGUGGACUCUUCCAAUUCAUCCAUCACCCAGGGUUUACGGCUCCGACCCGGAGCGACUUCAAAAAGAAGCGGAUACGCUCGAUUCUUUCAUCCUGUGGAUAGCAAUUUUGAAGAUUCAGCCAGCGAUGUUAGGUCCACGCGUGCUCGGCGCCGCUUGAGGAGAGCGAUCGCCAGAACCAAUCGCACCUCUGAUGACUCGGACAUGACUUUGUCUAGGGACAUUCGGACUUCAGCUCGGCAAAGGAAGCCCUUGCGAGCCAAUCUGCGAGAAAGAUUGGAGGACGAUAUUUCCGAGGGUAAAACUCAGGCCAAGAGACGACCAAAAUUUACUGGGGCCAAAGAAGCGUUUUACCAGCGUCCGCUUCCUGACGAUUUCAGGAACCAGCACUGCCCUUAUUGCUCUGUGUGCAAUAUCUACAAUGAUCAUCCCGAGAAAGGGCCUUUGGUGUUUUGCCAAGGGUGUACUUCUUCGUACCAUCAAUUCUGCCUGGGUCGUCGAGCCAAUCGAGAGCAUUUGGUCACGAAGAUUGAUCAGGAUGAUUUCAUUCUUCAAUGCCAUCGCUGCUUGGGAGUCUGCCACACAAGGCACGAUGUCUGUCCCCAUCUGGGCUGCUGUGCAGAAUGCAAAGAGAAAGGCCCGAUGUCCAAGCCUCUUCGACAGCGUCUGACACCCCGCGAAGAGCAGCAGUUACGAGUCGACAAUGGGGGUACAGACCCAGUUACUGUGGUUGAUAUAUCCCAAGUCAACAAUGUAAACAACGUGCUCUUCCGCUGUAUCGGUUGUCAACGGGCUUUUCAUAUGCGACACCUGCCAGUGGAAGAAGGCAUCGUCGUAUCAUCUGAUAUCGAAGCAGUUUUCGCCCAGUACAGCCUGAACUGGCAGUGCAGGGAUUGUUCUGAUGCCCCUGGAGAUGUUGAGGGCAUCGUCGCAUGGCGCCCCGCCAAUCCCGAAGCCAAGGCUUCCGGGCAUUUGGUGGAGGCUCUCCCCGAGACCGAUAAAGAGUAUCUCGUCAAAUGGAAGAAACUUUCCUACUUCCGCGCUACGUGGCAACGUGGUGACUGGUUCUGGGGUGUGAGCAGGACUGGCAUGCGUCGAGCAUUCUUUAACUCGCCCAAGGCCCGCAAGCCCAUUUGGACUUCUGAGGAGGCCAUUCCUGAGGACUUUCUGCGAAUUGACAUUAUUUUUGAUGUCGUUUACUCAGACGCUGCGACUAUGCCGGACGACGAAGCAAAACCUGAGAUGGUUAAACGCGCCUACGUCAAGUACAAAGGGUUACCAUAUGAAGAUUCCGUAUGGGAAUCUCCUCCGCUCCCCGUUGAGACUGCUCGAUGGAGCGAUUUUAAGCUCGCGUUCGAGGACUGGGCGUUUCGGGAUACCAUCUAUCCUCCCUCUCACGCUUCUCUUGAUACCCAUCUCUCGCGAGUUCGAGCCCGGAAUUUUGAAACAGAACUACUGUUGCGCUCGCAGCCGGAGCUGAUGAUUGGGGGCGAACUCAUGGAAUAUCAGCUAGAUGGUGUCAAUUGGCUGUAUUAUAUGUUUCUAAAGCAGAUAAACUGCAUUCUUGCUGACGACAUGGGCCUUGGCAAAACCAUCCAGGUUAUCGGGUUAUUCGCGACUUUGGUUCAAAAGCAUGGCUGUUGGCCGUUUUUGGUUGUUGCUCCCAACUCGACAUGUCAGAAUUGGCGACGUGAGAUCAAGAGAUGGGCGCCCAAACUUCGAGUGGUAACGUAUUGUGGCUCUUCUUUUACUCGCCAUAUGGCCCGAAAUUACGAGAUGUUCACUGAAGAUAGCAAAGACCUUCGGUGCCAUGUGGUGAUCGCAUCCUAUGAGAGCAUGGUCGACGUAGGGACUACGAAGGAACUAGCCAAGAUCAAGUGGGCAGGCUUGGUGGUUGACGAAGGUCAACGUCUCAAGAACGACAAGAGCCAGCUCUAUGAACGCCUUCAAUGCAUGAAAUUUGGGUUCCGUACCCUACUCACAGGGACCCCUCUUCAGAACAACAUUCGGGAGUUGUUCAACUUGAUACAAUUCAUUGACCCACAGAGAAAUGCGGAACAAUUGGAAGAGGAAUAUGGGGACCUCACCUCGGAUAAUAUCCGGGUCUUGCAUGAGAUGAUCCGACCGUUCUUCUUGCGGCGGACGAAGGCUGAGGUACUACCAUUUCUGCCGCCGAUGGUGCAGAUCAUCGUUCCCGUGUCAAUGUCUGUUGUGCAGAAAAAGCUCUACAAGUCAAUCCUCGGCAAAAAUCCAGACCUUAUCAAGGCGAUUUUCCAGAAGCAAACGGGCCAGAUCCAGAAAUCCGAGCGCUACAAUUUAAAUAACAUCUUGAUGCAGCUAAGGAAGUGUCUUUGUCACCCCUUCGUUUACAACCGGAAUAUCGAAGAAAAGACACCCGAUCCCGUUGUCUCCCACCAACACUUGGUUGAGGCAUCUGGAAAGCUUCUUUUGCUGGGAUUGAUGCUCCCCAAUUUGCGCGAGCGCGGACACCGAGUGUUGAUUUCUAGUCAGUUCUUGGCCAAUUUGGACAUCGUUGAAGAUUUCCUUGAUGGUCUUGGGCUCAACUAUCGUCGUCUGGACGGAAGCUUGUCAUCGUUACAGAAGCAGAUCCAGAUUGAUGACUUCAAUGCGCCUGAUUCUCCUUACUUUGCAUUCCUCCUGUCGACCCGGUCUGGCGGUGUUGGCAUCAACCUUGCUAGUGCAGACACCGUUAUCAUCAUGGAUCCAGAUUUCAACCCCAAACAAGACAUGCAGGCUCUAUCGCGAGCUCACCGAAUAGGCCAGAAAAAUACUGUCCUUGUGUUCCAGCUCAUAACACGAGCUACCGUGGAGGAAAGGAUUAUGCAAAAGGGUAAAAAGAAAUUGGCAUUGGACCAUGUGCUCAUCCAGCGCAUGGAGGAUAAUGAAGACGAGGAGGACUUGGAGUCUAUCCUUCGGCAUGGAGCUGAUGCACUGUUCAACGACGAUGACUCUGCAGACAUUAUCUACACCUCGGAGUGUAUUGACAGGCUUUUGGAUCGAAGUCAAGCGGAACAGGCUGAGAAAAUCGCUGAUGACACGACCAGUACCUCGACCGAGCAGCCACAGUUCAACUUCGCUCGUAUCUGGCAAAAUCAUGGUGGCACCCUCGAAGAAGUGACCGAAGGGGAAGACAAUCUCGUGGACACCACUCUGUGGGAUCGGAUUCUCCAAGAGCGUGAACGCGAAGCAGCCGAGGAGGCUAAUCGGAAAGCCGAGGCUCUUGGCCGUGGCAAGCGAAAGAGAAGGACAGUCAACUAUCGCACGAAAGAACAGGAGAAUGAUGGCGAGCCCACGCCCGUGAAAAGGCGCAAGACUGGCGACCUUGAUCGGGAAUUUGAGCCAGCAGAAGAUGAGGGUGAUGAAACAGACACUCUCGGGAAUGUCAUAGAAGAUGCCAUGGAUCUGGUGGGUGAUCAGCCUCCGCUACAGAUUAGACACCGUCCCUUUGUUCGAGUCCGGUCACCUCCUCCAGCACGGCCGAUGGUUACCAAUGGGGCCCAAGAUCCCCGCUUGGCCUGCGCCGCGUGCAAACAUCACCAUUGCCGUGGUCGUUGUCCACUGAAAUUCGCCGGGGUCGAGCAUUGCCCACUCUGUGGUUUGGUGCAUUUCGGCCAAAAUCGUUCUUGCCCCCAUCUGCAGUCCGAAUCACAGGUACGUCGGAUGCUGGUCGCCUUGUCCAAAAGCACGGAGCCUCCUGAACAUGUCACCUUGGCUAGACGAUAUCUACGCGGCAUUCUCGGCCACUUGACUGCACGUGCACGGCAGGUAGCUAUGCAACACAGUCAACAUCCGAGUCUUCAGGGCCCCAUUCCGGCUCAGCAAACUGGGGCGCCAGUUCCGUCUGUGAGGCACUGGCAUGGAGCACCAACCUCGGAAUCUUAA